AUGACCAUCCCCUGCUGCCAGCCAUCCGGAAUGGGCAGCUUCAAGGAUAUGGCUCUGGCCCAGAAGCCGGAGAUGCCGUAUGACCUGGGGCUUUCAUGUAGACCAGCUCCAAGAGAAGGACCUCCAGCCUGCGGAACCCACUUCCCCCAGGCCAUCCCUGCCGCCCUCGCCCCAGAAGCCAGAAAGUUCUCCUCUGGAUCUGCAGUAUUCCGUACCAUCCACCUGGCCUGCCUAAUAAAAUCAGCAAAGCAUCCCAUUCAUUUCUGCCAGAUCAUGUUGUUCUUUCGGAGUAACCUGUACUUCCAGAAUAAAGUGAUUACCAAGGAAUAUCUCGUGAACAUCACGGAAUACAGGGCUUCUCAUUCCACUCCAAUUCAGUGGUGCCAGGAUUAUGAAGUUGAGGCCUAUCACCGCAGACACAACAGCAGCGGUCUUAACUUCUUCAAUUGGUUUUCUGACCACAACUUCGCAGGAUCCAGUGGGAUUGCUGAGAUCCUACGUAAGGACCUGUGGCGCAAUCCCCUGCAAUACUACAGGAGGAUGAAGCCACCUGAAGAGGGAACAGAGAUUUCAGGGGACUUCCAGAUUUUUAGUUGA